AUGGCAGUGUCACAACCAGCCGAAGCUCAUCCCCGGAAGAAGCUCAAAACCUCAGAGACAACCAAUUUAGCCGUUUCGCCGAGCUCACUGCCACCGCCUCAAAAAGUACCAGUCCGUGCAAGUGCGGCAAUUCAGAGCUCAACUCAAAAGCCAAGUCGCCAUAGCACUUUGCAAAAGCCUUCUCCUGCUCAAAGAGCUUCAGCUCUGUCGCCACACCCGACUGCACAAGCUCCGAGCGUCAAAGAUACUGACAGCAAGCUUGCUUCUCAGCCAAAGUCGUCCCAGCUUCCACCUCGAAAGGCACCGAAGGAAAGCCUCAACCCACGGAUGCUUCCCAAAGCCCCAGCUUCUCAUGCCAGCCGUACUGCCAUUCUGAAGAAACUGCAUUCUGUCAUUGUUUCCAAUAAUGAGAAGCUGUUUCGGAGCAAAAGCCACCCUAACGAGUCAUUAAUUCUCACGCCUGACGAAUUGAUCACGAUGGCGUUGGACGAUGAAGAAUCUACGGCUAAGAGCAACCCAGAUCUUUAUUCUAAUGUGAUCAAACUUCGAAUAGUGAAGCUGUCGAAGAUGAGCGAAGAUGACUGGGCCAAGGAGGUAAUGAAUCAUCUGAACGCACGGUACUACCACGUUCCCACAUCAAAGUCGCCUUCGGAUCAGCCCAAGACAAUAGAGACGGGCCUCACUGUUAAACAAGAAAUCGCACUUGUUGUGCACAUGAUCACUCCACUGGAUGGCCUAGAGGAGCACGGCUAUGUCACCAAGGCUCCAACACAUGCAGAGAUAGAGGCUGCCAAACAAGGUGUCGCUGACUCGAAAGGAUGGGAGAAGUGUGACCGCUGUGCGAGCCGUUUCCAGGUGUUUCCGGGUCGUCGUGAAGAUGGUACUUUGACCACGGGCGGGCAGUGUGUUUAUCACCCAAAUCGGCCCAUCGUUCCACCUCGCAAGAGGACCGACAAUUACACCGGAUCUUCGGAUCCGUACUUUCCUUGUUGUGGCGAGUCCAUCGGUGCUUCGGUCGGCUGCACCAAAGCUGCUCAUCACGUCUUCAAGAUCUCGGAACCCAAACGCCUCGCUUCUAUCCUCCAGUUUGAGACAACUCCUCCACAGCCGGGCAAGGGACCCCUGAACCCGGUAUGCUUCGACUGCGAGAUGGGUUAUACCACCCAGGGUCUCGAGCUCAUCCGCCUCACGGCUGUUAGUUGGCCUGAAGGCCAUGGGCUUCUCGACGUCCUGGUCCGCCCUAUAGGUGAGAUCCUGGACCUCAACUCGCGGUUCUCGGGGGUUUUCCCCGAGCAUUUCGUCACCGCGGUCCCCUACGGCACACAACCUGUCUCUCCGGCUGUUGAUGGGGCUUCUGAGAGGAAGGAACUGGGGCAAACGCCGAUGCAAGUGGUAGAUUCACCUGCUGCAGCGCGUUCCCUUUUGUUUGCAUUACUUCAGCCUGAGACUCCGCUCAUCGGCCACGCCAUUGAGAACGACCUGAAUGUUUGCCGGAUCAUUCACCCCACAAUCAUCGACACGGUCAUUCUAUACCCCGCGCCGAGAGGUGGUCUGCCCAAUCGCAUGGGCCUGAGAACACUUGCUCGAAGAUACCUCUCUCGCGACAUCCAGACGGGAGGUGACAAGGGUCACGAUUCCAAGGAAGACGCCAUCGCGACGGGAGACUUGGUACGGCGUUUGAUCGGAGACUCGUGGAAGAGUCACAAACAAUUCGGGUGGCGAUUUGAGGGGGACCGCUUGAUAGCUCCGCCGGACAAAGACAAGUAUUCGCGGAGCAAACAAGGAAUCUGUAACAUCAAGGCGGGAACCUAG